AUGUAUCUCGUCUCAACUAUCGCGACGUUCCUCCUCGGUACCGCUCUAUCGGCGCCGACAACGACGGAGAUGACGAGAGAUAUGGCGCGGGUGUAUUUCACGUGCAAUUCCACAUCGGCGUCUGGAUUCUCGCCUAGUUGCUGCACGGAUAUCAAUGGACAAGUCGGGGUAAAUUGCAUCGGCGCACAUCUAAUGGGCGUGUACGACCCCAUGUACAGCUGCAACUUAUACGUGUACAACAUCACAGGAUGCUGCCAGACAAUCGGCUACAAGAACCCUUACACCAACAACUCACUCAGCGUCUGUGCCAUGAGCAUCGAUCCUAUCUAA